CAUUCGGUUACUGACGAUGCCACUGGGCAGACAAAUCAACCAAAACCUACCAAAUUGAUUAAUAACGAGAUAGAAGUAACUAAACAGAUAAUGGAUCCAGAAAAUAUAGGUAAAGAGGCAUUUUUGCGAGUAGCUGAGUGGGUGAAUAAAAUUCGCAAGAUGAAACGCCGAGGACCAAUUCAGCAGUGGGUUAACUCAAUUGGGACCCCAACAAAACCAAUUGAUAUACAAAUACAUUGUGAUAACCAUGACCUAACUCCACCACCAACGCCAGAACAUUCCAAAGAUUCCAUGUACAGCAAUCAUCCAGCCAUGACUGUCUCAGCACAAAUAUCCGUACCUGGAUCCUCAGCAAUAACAAUUCCAAAUAGCCUAAGGGUCUUGGUGAGAUCCAACUUCUUCAACAGUUGGAAAAAAUCAUUUACAUUCAGUUGUGACGGGGACUUAAUCGAAAUAAAAAAUCCAUCAAGCCUCACCGCCCAGUGCUACAUUGAUCCUCUUAAAAAUCGUACUUCUUCUGAAUCAAUUAAUGCUGACUCGAUUGAUGAACAAUGUCAAAUGAUACCACAGAUAUCAACAAACACAAAUGUUUGUGCGUGGAAAUCAUCUUCCUCAACUAGUGACCCCAACAGCGAUCCUGUCAUUGAGGACACGUAUCCAUGUGGAUCAUUAGACGAUGAGAGUCUGAUGGAUUCCAGUGACAACAAUAUUAAUGGUGAUAAUUCACCCGACAUAAUUGACACAUCCAUAUCACAAAUGGAUACACCAAAAUAUAAUGAUUACGAUAGAAAUCCAAGUACUUCUAAUUUCCAAACUGAUAACAUUUUUUCGUCAUCGGACGGCCCUAGACGAGCAAGUGAUAGUUCCUGCGAUAUACAAUCGAUUUAUUCACACGAUGAGGGACGUAGAUUUAGUGAUGGAAUUGUAAAUUCGGAUAACUCCACAAGAAGACAUCAGGGCAAAAGGAUUCUCCAGCGUCAGGCAAGGAUCAGAGAAUCUGAUACCUCUGAAUUUGCUCAUCCAGAGCCCUCUGACUCUUUAGAGGCUGAUAAUUUAGAUAAUUUUGAUGGCGUUAGUCUCAGGAAAGACCAGGAAAUGACAGAUGUACAAAAUAAUUCUAUAGGACCUCAAAAGAAAUCUCUAACGAGUCCCAGUACGAGAAAGACAUUCUGUGACCCUAAGAAACACCAUUUGUGUUGUAAAAGCAAAAGCAUGGAGCAGAUCUGUAUACACGAGGAUAACUGCGAAGAAUGUUGUUAUUACAGACGUACAAGAACCUGUUGGCGAAAAAUGAAUAAGAUCAUGAAGAAGAAUGAAAAAUUGGAGAAUAUGGUCGUUAAAAGUAGACAGGAAAUGGCAGAGAUUCGAGAGAUGCUGAAUAGCGUUUUGUCAGUCAGAAUGGAACCCGGUUUUUAAUUGAUGCCGAUAACACUUACAUAAUAAUGAUAAUCAAAGUGAAAAGGAGGAAAUAAUCUACAUUCCUGAAGCGAUAAUAUGAAGUGAUGAUUAUUCAUUGCAAUAUUUCUGUAAAAAAUCUACCUAAUGACAUUCUAUAUCUGAUUAGUUUUAGACAAGUCUCUUGUAGUCCCAAACAAAAUGUUUACUGACUACUUUUUCUAAUGCAAAGAACCAAUUUUAAAAAAUUAUAUAUUACAUCUUCAGUCAUUUUCCAUGGACAUUGACUCAUAAAUCAUGGAAAUAAUUAAAUAUAGACCAGCAGAUUUCUGCUGGCAUGUCAGUGGGACCUGGAUUACAUCUAUGAUCUAGCAAUCGUAAAGUAUGAGUUACAUUGUCACCGAGAAAAAAAAACAAGUAUCGUUAGAACCAAACAAAUCGUCAGUUGAGGAUUAAUCAAAAAAAUCCUGUGUUGAAAGUUUAAAAUCAAUCGCCAGAAUGAGAAUAUCUAUCAUGAAAGUCAUUGCUUUUGUUUAAAAAAUAAUGUAUGCAAGAAAAUAGUGUCAUUUAUUCUCUGAUAUUUGGCCCUUUAAAAU